AUGUCACAAGAGUUUUCUAAGAAAUUAGAUGAUUUGCUGGAGCUAGUUUGUUCUGAACCAGAAUGUGAGGAUGUAAAAUCAGCAGAAAAAGAGUUGAAAAUUCUGGAGGAUAAAUGUGAUUCUAUUAAUUCAGCAGCACAGUCUACUUUGGGUGAUGGGCAGAGUCUGUUGGAUGAGAUGUCUCGACCAAUCAAAAAUGCUUCUGGGAAAGACAUAACACCAGACUACUCUCGUCAUAUAAAACACAUCAACCAAUCAUUAGAGGAGUUACAAGAGAGAAAAUUACGCUGUGAUGAGCUGGCUGAUGUGAGAAAACUCAAACUACAACAGAUACUUCAGCUAUGUACAUGUGAACAUGAUGCUGAACAGGCUAUAAUGUGGAUUUUAGAGUUAUGUGGAGUAAUGGCUAACACUCAUACUAACAUGGGUAAAACUCAUGAAGAGGCUGAGAAACUACAGAAUGAUCACAAAAAGUUUGAAUCAACUGCUCAGAGUACAUAUGAAUAUGGUAAACAGCUUCUGCAAGCAGCUUUGGUUCUGAGAAGAUCAUUAAGACAUGACCUUGAACCAAACACUGAAAUGACCCAGAGGUUAGACAAUGCAUGGUGGAGAUUCUCACAAGGCACAAAUGAAAGAGCAAACAGACUGACAGUGUCGGCCAUGUUUUUGGCAUCAGUAGAAAAGAUUUUUGACAACAUUGAAAAGAUCUUACUGGCCAUUUCACAGACAUUAUCAAGGGAAGUAGCUGUUCCUGAAGUAUUACAGAAGUUCUCUCCCUUGAAACAUCAAGUUGAUGAGGAUUACAAGGAUACAAUGCAUAUGGGAAAAGCUUUGUUGGAAAGACUGUCUUUACCUGUUGUUCAACAAGAAGGAAGACAAAUUCAAGAAGACCAAUCUGCUGCAGCAACCAUUAACAGUAAACUGAGAAAACUAGAACAUAAGAAAGUAGACAUGGAUCGAUACUGGGCUGAAAUGGAAUAUACCAAACAACCCCCACAAGUUGAUCAAGUGUUUUCUCCAAAGAGACAGAGAACAAUACCUACUAUUCCUAAUCGAACAAACACUGCAUUUGAUGAUCAUGACAAAUCUAUUUACGAAGAACCAGUGCCAAAAACUCCAAAACGACCUUGGACAUCAGAAGCAAAUAUACAUGCUUCAAAUGUGCCUAGAAAUUUUAGGUCUCCAGCUACACAUGUGGAAUAUGCCUCAGUUAAACGUCCACAGAAUCAGGUACAGACUAGUGAUUACUCAGAAAUAGGUCCUUAUAAUCAACAACCAAGGAGAGAAAGGAGUAUAAGGAAAGACCAAAGUCAAUUACAAGCUAGUGCCCCUAACUUACAUUAUGCUGAAAUUGGUCCCUAUGGAACCCAUCAGCCACAAAGAAGUGAUGACAGUGGAAAACUUCAUUAUGCUGAAAUUGGACCUUAUGGUCAAAAGCCCAUGGAAACAGACACUGCUCCUAGGCUUCAGUAUGCUGAAUUUGGUCCAUAUGACACAGAAAAAGAUGCCCCAAAACUUCAGUAUGCUGACAUUGGUCCAUAUAGUACAGGUCCACCUCUAGAUAAUAGGAAAGCAGUUCAUGGAAGUGCACCUAAACUACAGUAUGCUGAGUUUGGAGAAUAUGCAGACAGAAGACCAGUUAGUGAUGAAAUGGGACAUGACACUGCCCCUAAGCUCCAAUAUGCAGAGAUUGGUCCAUAUAAUACUGCCCCACAACAAAGAAAUGAAGACCAGGCACCUCAUCUACAAUAUGCUGAGAUGGGUCCAUAUGGGACAACACAACAGAGACCUGAAGAAAAUGAUUUACUGAAACAACAGCUAGAGGAGGGUGCAGAAUGGAUUCGUGUGAGAGUCCAUCAGAUGGAGCCAGACCUAAUGGAAGUCGGCUCUACCUUGGAAGAAGCCCUGCAAUACAGACAAGAACAUCAUGAAAUGCUUAACAAACUCAAGGCAAAAGAACAAGAAAUCAAACAAAUACUCACAAGCGCAGACCAGUACGCAGCUGAAAAUACUUCGCAAGCGGAAGUCUACGCAGCCAUGGCUGACACAAUGGGUGAAGCCUGGAAGGAACUAAACAACAAAUUGGAGUACAGAGGAAUACUUCUAGAUGACAGCGUUCAUUUCCAUCAGAGCGCAGCAGAUUUUUCGUCAAAGAUGGAGCAAGCACAGAGCAAAUUUUCGUCCACCUACCCGACACAAGAUGUCAACACAGCUCGACGUUUGCUUCAACAACACCAAGACAUCAAAAGAAGUAUCCUCGAAUCUUCAAAGACAACUCACGACAUAGGACAUUCACUAGUACGACGCAUCCAAGAUAUGGGUAUGCAUGCGGACUUACAAAACAGACAUGCCACAACGGCGGCAUGCUAUGGAAUAGAACAUGUAUUAGAACUACUACAAGAUCGAAGAAGACGACUCGAAGAAAUAUGGGAACAGCGCCGGAUACAACUGGAGCAAUGCUUACAGCUGUGCCAGCUUGAUCAGGAGGUCAACAAAAUACUUGACUGGUUCCGGCAAACUGGUUUCAGUUACCUCCAGAACACAGAUCUCGGCGAUUGCCAUCAACGUUCCCAGAUCAUACAACAUGAACACUACAAAUUUGAGACACAAGCCAAAGAAACACAAGAGACUGUCUUGCGGCUGGUAAGAACAGCUGACCAGCUUCUCCGCCGGUCCAAACUGGAUGUUGAAGGCGUGAGACAAAGGCUACAGACAGUUGACACAGAAUGUGAAAACUUUAUGAUCAGACUGGACACAAGACGAAAGAACAUAACUAUGGCAACAUCAUUCUUUGAACAAACAGAAUCGGCUCUAACAAGAUUGGACCAGGUUGAAGUUCAGUUAAACACCAUGGACUUACCUAGGAACAGUGCAGAGCUAGCAGACAGGCAUUCACAAUUAUCUAAUGCCAUCAUGGAGAUCUCAUCUCCACCUCUACGUGAUGGUCGUAUCCUACUUGAGAGGGUCAGUAGGGACGACCGUGGAGCUGAUGGCAUCAGACGAUUACUUGCCCAACUGCAAGACCGCUGCACAAGACUGGAGUCCCUGUGCAAGGCUAGAAGGGCAGAGGCUUGGGAGAGAAGUCAGGCCUAUCUACAUUUCCAGGAGAAAUUUACCAGUUUGCAGACGUGGCUCCUACAAAUAGGUCAGGCUACUCUCAGUCGACAUGCAGACUUGGGAACUCGCCUUGAAUCAGCAGAGGAUUUCCUAGAAAUUCAUGAACAAUUAGACCAAGACAUAAGAGACAAGAAUUCAGAUUUAGAGGCUUUGUUUGAGGCAGGAGUUAACCUGGUCAAGUCAGGAGACCAGGAAGCUCAUAAUGCCGCAGAGAAAGUCGACACCCUGCACCAACAGAUGCAGAGAAUUCACCGUGUCAUAGAAUUCAGAAUAACCUUGUCUCUAGUCUAUCUAUCAUUCCACAAGAAAGUUCAGCAGUUUCAAAACAAUGCUGGAGGCUUGGAGCAUAUCUUGAAAUCAGAAAAGGAACAUUUACAAGAUUUAACUGACUCAGCUGUCCAGCAUACACAAGAACUGUGGAACAUCACAUCACAACAAUAUCAUGAAGUGGAUGACAAAGGAAGAGAAUUCCUGAGCAAAACCUCCACAAUCAAUGAUGAUUCAUCAUUGAACAUUAAACAAGCUGUAUUGAUUGUGGAGAGAAUCAUGACAGAAACACGAGAAUCCAUGACGACCUUGACCACCACAUGGGAGUCAUGGCAACAGAAAGUAUCCUCCAGCCGGCAGUUUAAAACUCAAUGGCACCAGUUUAUACAAGAUGCCAGAAAGACAAUAGAUUGGGUGAUGAGCGUAGAAAAUGAGUUUUUCCCCGUAAUCGCUGGUGAACUUGGAACCUCGGUGGAAACAGUUAAACAUUAUGAAAAACGUCUGGACGAAUUCAGUCCAGUUUUUCAGAAAGGGCUAGAAGAAUUGGAAAACCAUAUGACAACAGGAGAGAUGCUCCUAAUGAAAGGUGACACAAGAGGUCAACUGGAUCAAAUCAUGAAUGAACUGACCAAAGUCUAUCAUCGAUUUAAAGCCCGAAUACAUGAGUAUCAUAUACUGGUCAAAAUGACAAUACAAUUCUUCAGAAAUCUUGAUCAGUUGGACAAACUGAUAGAAAAGACUGAACAAGAAUAUAGUCAGUCUAACUUGCCGGCAGAUUUAACUCAUGCAGAAAAAAUGUUGGAGGAACACAAACGUAAAAAAACAGAAGUAUCAAGUCUUAUUAACUACACCGCUGAUGAAGGAGAGAAAAUCGUUGUCAGAGUACGACAAACUGACGCUGAAGCGGCAGCACAAGAAGAUGUAGAGAGAGUGCUGAACGUUACAGCUGAAUAUAAACAGCGGUGGAACCAGGCGUGGGAAGACCAAGAAAAACGCCUCAAACAGAAUCUCCAGAUCUGUCAAUUUAAUUACGAUCUGAGGCAGAUUCACUCAGAGAUUGACGAACUACACCAUCAUUUACAAGCCAGACGGGGUAGCUAUGGCAACUCAUUGCCAGCUUCCAAAAUGACGUCACAGGCUUUCAAACAAUUUGAAAUGACAGUAGAGUUAAUUGAGAAGAAAAUCAACAAAUUUACAAGUACCGCCGAGUUGAUGGUGCAGGAUCAUCAUUAUGACUCCGCCCACAUUGGCAGGGAAAUUGAUAUGUUGAACACUAAAUGGACAACAUUCCAUAUGAGUGUACGUGAUUACAGAAAGAUGAUUGACACAUCCAUCGACUAUUAUCAACUUACAGAAGAGACUGAACAAUGGUUGAAAGAUGGAAAUAAUUUAUUAAAUGACAUUGGUCGUAAAAUCGUCCAGUGUAAGACCCCCCAGGAAGUUGAUGACCUCGUGAAACCGAUGGACCAAUUCCUGCAGGAAGGCAAACCCAAACAAGAAGAGAGACUCAGAAAAUUAUCUGAGCUAGCUGUAGAGCUAUAUGGCAAUGAGGGCCCCAGUCGUGUGCAUGAUAUAUUUGCACAGAAUGAGGACUUGAUGCAAUCGCUCCAGCAGGCCAGUAAUCAAGUAACUAAUAUAAAACACAACCUCCAAGAAAGAGAGGUUGGUCCCCCAGUCGCUGAACAAGCAAUUCAGCCAAUGGAAGUCAUGGUAACUGCCUCUGCACAGAGGUCACCCCCAAAAAUACUGAAACAUUUACAGAAUGCUGAAGUUGUAGAAGGAGAAAAAUUCACAUUUGAAAGUCAUGUGGAUACUCCUGUCCAACCGACAGUUAUAUGGUAUAAGGAUAAUAUGCCAUUAAACAGUCCAGAUUAUGAGACACAAUACAGUGAUGGCAUUGCCACACUGACCAUUGAAGAGACAUUUUCUGAAGACACUGCCCGAUACAUGGUUAAGUUUAAUACUUACCUGGGAUCUGCAGAAUCUUCAGCUCAUCUUACUGUUAGAGAAAUGCACCAACAAAUUAUACCACCUGAUUUCACAAAGAAUUUGAAAUCAGUUGAUGUUCUAGAGGAUGCCCCAUUCGCAUUUGAAUGUCAUGUGACCGGUAUCCCUUCACCCACCAUAUCCUGGAAAAAAGACGAUUUAAGUAUCGACAAUUCACCAGAAUAUGUUAUGACUAAGAUCAAUGGCACAUGUUGCCUCAAGAUCCGCAAAAUAGGCCGUCAUCACAGUGCCCGUUAUACAUGCAGGGCCAAUAAUCCUGGAGGGGAGGCCGCAUCAUCUGCCCGCCUUAAUGUAGUCCCACUAGACAGACCAGUGAUACAUCAAAUGACCAAUGAUAUCAGCAUGCCAGAAGGCAAAGGUUUCAAAAUAGAGGUCAUAUUCUCAGGGUCACCAACACCAGAGGUCGCAUGGUUCAGAGGUCAAGACAGAGUUGUACCAUCAUCUGUUUUUAAGAUCACAAUAGAGAUUAACAGAACCACAUUACAAGUAACAGAAGCCUACCCUGAGGAUUCAGGAGCCUAUACUGUCAUCCUACAGAAUGCUGCAGGAGAAAUACAGAAAACUUGCCAAGUCAAUGUAGAAAGUUUCUACUCAAGUGCUGCAGAGGAUAUGUCACAAGCCUCAGCAGAAAAUGAACCAAUGGCUCCUAGUUUUACUCAGAAACUAGCCCCACUUAGAGAAGCCAUGGAAGGAAGCCGUGUCCGACUGGACUGUGUUCUUGUGGGACAUCCAGAACCAGAGGUUGUAUGGUUCCACAAUGAUAAACCUGUGAAGGAAUCUAAAGACAUCCAGCUGUUGUUUGAAGGAGAUCGGUGUACACUAAGUAUCCAGGAAGCUUACCUAGAGGAUGCUGGUGUAUACAGAUGUGAAGCACGUAAUCCAUACGGAAACGAUCAAACUGUAUCAAAACUACAUGUAGAACCUCUGAGUGAAUUGAGUGAUGCUUCAGUAAAUGAGGCAACACCUCCAAAAUUCACACAAUUAUUGCGUGAUCUGAAUGUCCAGUCUGGACAUCGUGUAUGUCUACAGUGUAGGGUGACAGGUCAUCCUAUCCCAGAUGUCCAGUGGUUCAAGGAUGGAAAACCAAUUGAACUUGGACCUGACUAUCAGGUGACAGCCUUUGCUGAUGUACAUAACUUAACAAUCCCAGAAGCCUUUGUAGAAGACACAGGAACUUACAUGGUCAAGGCAGUAAAUAUGGUGGGAGAAGCUAAGUCAUAUGCUAAACUGUCUGUGAAGACAACACCAGAACCAAUGGAGACAUCAGAAGUCAUGAAAAUGAGACAAAUGAUCCAAACCAAAGAAUCUCAGGAAACAAAGUUAGUGAAGAAAGAACUGGAACAAUCACCUCCUGAGUUCCAAAGACUCUUCCAUGAUAUGACAGUCAAUGCUGGGGAACCAGUAAAUAUCGAGUGCUCAAUAUCUGGCAGUCCUAAACCUAAGGUCACAUGGUAUUUCAACGGAAUGCCAAUAGUGUCACGUGACUAUAUCAUCAGAAUGGAAGGUACAAGACAUACAUUACAUAUCCCAGAGACGUUUGAUGAAGAUUCUGGAAGGUUUUCUAUUACAGCAGAAAAUCCUCUGGGCAAGGCAACAUGUUCUGCCUAUCUCUUUGUGGAAGAAGAAUCUACCAUACCUAAGACCAGAAUAUUUGGAAGUUCUGAAAUGACAAGACGUGUGUCUAAAACAGAAACUGUAUCUUCACAUGAGACAAGAAUAAGUCGUUUCAUAGAGACACAAGAGUCACCACAGCCUACAUACAUACCGUCAUCAGAAAAACAUAGCACUACGAUUACCACUGAUGUUACACCCCAGUAUGAUAUCAGACCAAUAGAAACCAGAGAGACACAUUCUACCAUACUAAACACUGAUGUAAAACCAAGAUUCCAGCCGGUAGAUUUGACCAUUGCUGUACCUGUACCUCCCAAGUUUGUACAGGCUUUGAAAAACAUAGAAACUAUGGAAGGAACUAGAGUCACAUUUGAAGGAGUUGUUUCUGGUAAACCAGAACCAAGUAUCAAAUGGUACCGUGAAGGAAAAGAACUUACAGACAAGGCUGAUUUUGAGAUAUCGUACCACGAUGGACGUGUAUCUCUUAAUAUUCCUGAGGCUUUCCCUGAAGAUCAAGGACAGUUCAAAUGUACAGCUAGAAACAUGGCUGGCCAAGCCUCAAGUUCUGCAGAACUUAUUGUCAAAGCAUCAAUGGUACCACCAUCAUUUAUACAGAGACCACAAACACAGACUGUUAAGGAGGGAAAACCUGUUCGCUUCACAAUCCGUGUUGCUGGACAACCUCCCCCAGAAAUCACAUGGUACAAAGAUGGAUCUAAGAUCACAAGUUCUCCCGACUUUGAACUUGUCCAGGAAGAUGAUGUACACUCCUUGAACAUCCCUGAAGUAUUCUUUGAAGAUGCUGGACAGUACACUGUUGAAGCUAAAAAUCCUGCUGGACAAACUCAAUGUACAGCUAAUCUUAGGAUUGAAGGUAUGCUUUUAAAUACUAGUGGCUUGAACAGAGCAGUGAUCAGUGUUACUUGUCUGAAUUUUUUGUAA